AUGAGAGCAGUCUCAAGUCCAUCUUUAACAGAAAGCCCCUUAGACGUUCCACCCUCUAGAAUCAUAUCACCAAAGUUCUCAUCUAAACCUGAACCAAAUUGCCAAAUACAACAUGAACUAAAUGAACGUGGACAGAAUCAAACAGCGUCCUCAGGUGUUUUACAAAAAUUCAAAAAAACAUUUUCGAAUUUUAAAAAUGGAAAGACGACGAUUCCAGUUGGAGAUGAUCAAAGCGAUGCAAAACAUCAUCGAUUUGGACCAUUAGUUUGGCGAACGAGUAAGGAAAGAAGAAAAACGAAGACUCAUCGACGUGAUAAAUGUAAUUCUGGUGACUCAGGCAUUCAAGUUGAAUUAGAGAAUGAUGAAAACUUAUCCGAAAAUAUUCCAUCGCAUCAAAUGGACAUAUCACCACAGUUCAAUAUCAAUGCCAAAGUAAGACGUGCCAAUUCAGCAAAAGUAUCAACAACAUCAAUAAAAACAUCAAGAAACGGUUCAAAGAACUUGACAAAAUCAGUGAAUGCAAAACGUUCCUUAAGUCAACCAUCGGAUCUUGACGUGAUUGUAUGCGAGAAUAAAAUGAUGAAUAAUUUAGAAAAUAUAAAGCACAUCGAUGAUGAUGCAUCAGAUACUGAUAGUUUAAGUUCAAAUCAUGUUGAUGAUAUUGACGAUGAUGGUCAGCAUCAGCGAUUUGUGUUUGCUGAAGUACUAUUUCCAUUUCAAGCAGGCGGUCCACAAGAGCUUUCACUCGAGAAAGGAAUAUUAGUGCAAGUAAUAAAGCGUGAAGUUGGUUCGUGGUGGUACGGACGAGUAAAGUACGAUGCAGUUGUUAAUGAUAAUGAGAUUGAACUAAAUCAAGGCUGGUUUCCCAAAGAUUUCGUCAAAAUUAUACCAACUUAUGGUAAUAAUCAUAAUCGUAAAAUUAUCCAACAAUCAUCAAAUGACUGUGAUACAAUAAACGCCACAUUGCCGCCAUCAUCUGCUGCACCAACCAUUUCCUCUAGUCAAUCAAACAGUGAAAUUAUGCGAGAUAAUGUUAUCAAGGAGCUACUUGAGACGGAAAUUAAUUAUGUUAAACUGCUUAAUUCACUUGUUAAUGGAUACAUUAAAGAAAUGAAGGAGCACCCAGAUGUCUUUUCACUUGAAAAUAUUUUCCUAAUGUUCUCAAACAUCGAGCAGAUCUACAGAUUCCAACAGAAUUUCUUAGAAGCACUAAGGAUAGCGAUACCGAAUGGAAGAAUAGCUGAAGUUUUUUUAGAUUUUCAAUCAGCAUUUAUGGUUUAUUCGCAGUAUUGCAAUUCAUACCCUCGAGCUUUAAUGGAACUUGAGAGUUUUUCGAAUAAUAAAGAGGCUGCAAGCUUACUUGAAAGUUGCCGUACAUCUCAAAACCUGCCUGAAUUGCCAUUAUCAGCACAUCUUUUAGCACCAAUACAAAGAAUCUGUAGAUAUCCAUUACAUCUUAGUGAAUUAGUCAAACACUCAAAGACCCGUAAGGAGAUACUUUUGAAAAUGGAUGUUCAUCAACUUGGAAAGAAUGACCUAGAAACAAUUGAUUGCAAGGAAGUGUUUGAUGUUGCACUGAGCGCCAUGAAACGAGUGACCGAAAUGGUUAAUGAAGGCAAAAGACAUAGUGAAUAUUUAUCAAGAAUCCAAGCACGUAUUGAGAACUUCCAAGGACCUCCAAUUAACCUUCAUAGCACAAGACUUUUCCUACAAACUGACGCGAUACGUGUUUCACCAAAUCUAUGGAAUAAUACUUACACAUUAUUCCUAUUUGAUAGACAGUUAAUUUAUUGUAAGAAAGACUUACUGAAACGAACGAGUUACAUUUAUAAAGGAAGAAUAUUUCUCGAUAAUUGUCGAAUACUAAAUCUUCCGGACGGACGAAUGUUUGGUGUUAAUUUAAAGAAUGCUUUAAGAAUAUUUUGUGAAACUCGCGGAAAAUGGUUCGAUUUUUGUUUCCGUUCGAGUUCAAGCAAGACACGAUUCCUUAAUACACUGUCAGCAGAACGACAAUUUUGUGGAACAAAUUUAUUUGUAUCAGAGAUAGCAUCGGGACUAGAUGAUGACAAUUUAUCAGAUGAUGCAAAUGCACUUAGUCAAGAGUACGAUGAACGUGCAAUUGAUGUUAUCGAUGGACCACAACUUCAAUCACUAAUUGGAAAUGUCCCAGCCAAUAGUAAUCUUGAAUCACCAUUAAAACAGCAAAAGUUCAGUGACUCACUGCCAAAAAAGAGUCGAAAAUUAUCAAAAGAAGCUCCAUCACAAAUAAUCAUUGAUUAUAAUCCAUCAGCCACAUCAUCAAAUGCAAAUCGACGACGACUUGGGAAUUGGUUUAGAAAGUCAAAGAGCACAAAUAGCACACCAUCUCAAAGUCCAACUCAUCAUCCUUUAGUAGCCACAUCAACCGUACCGUCAAUUGUGACUCAUUCCGAUAGCAACUCAUCAUCGCAAAGUUCACCAAUCAAUUAUCCGCGAUCAAAGUUUAAAGAAGCCAAUAUUGGCAUUGCGUCCUGA